AUGUCGGGAGCUAUAACAUGCUCCGCAGCCGAUCUCUCCGCUCUUCUCGGUCCCAACUCCACGGCGGCGGCUAACUACAUCUGCGGCCAACUAGGCACCGUUAACAAUAAAUUUACCGAUGCAGCUUACGCCAUAGACAACACAUACCUCCUCUUCUCCGCUUAUCUCGUCUUCGCCAUGCAGCUCGGCUUUGCUAUGCUAUGUGCUGGCUCCGUUAGAGCCAAAAAUACAAUGAACAUCAUGCUCACCAAUGUCCUUGACGCCGCAGCUGGAGGACUCUUUUACUAUCUCUUUGGUUACGCUUUUGCUUUUGGUGAAUCCUCCGGUGGAUUCAUAGGAGCACACAACUUUGGACUUAAAGACUUCCCCACUCUUACCUCGGACUACUCCUUCUUCUUAUACCAAUGGGCGUUUGCAAUCGCAGCUGCUGGAAUUACAAGCGGUUCCAUUGCGGAGAGGACUCAGUUUGUUGCUUACUUGAUAUACUCUUCUUUUCUGACUGGUUUUGUUUAUCCGGUCGUGGCGCACUGGUUCUGGUCCCCCGAUGGAUGGGCUAGUCCCUUCCUUUCAGCAGACCGUUUGUUUGGCACCGGAGCCAUUGACUUUGCUGGCUCCGGUGUUGUUCACAUGGUUGGUGGUAUUGCUGGAUUAUGGGGUGCCCUUAUUGAAGGUCCUAGAAUCGGACGGUUUGAGGAAGGGGGCCGCGCUAUUGCUCUGCGCGGCCACUCUGCCUCGCUUGUCGUCUUGGGAACCUUCCUCCUCUGGUUUGGUUGGUAUGGUUUUAACCCUGGCUCCUUCACCAAGAUCCUCAUUCCGUACGAAUCUGGUUCCAACUACGGCCAAUGGAGUGGAAUUGGCCGGACAGCAGUUACAACCACGCUCUCUGGAUGCACUGCGGCUUUAACAACGCUCUUUGGAAAACGUCUCCUAUCAGGUCACUGGAUGAUAACUGACGUUUGCAACGGGUUACUUGGCGGGUUUGCGGCCAUAACCGCGGGUUGCUCAGUGGUUGAGCCAUGGGCCGCAAUUGUUUGCGGCUUCAUUGCUUCCCUCGUCCUCAUCGGAUGCAACAAGCUCGCUGAGCUCCUUAAAUAUGAUGAUCCGCUUGAGGCCGCACAAUUACACGGAGGGUGCGGUGCCUGGGGGUUGAUAUUCGUAGGAUUGUUUGCAAAUGAAAAGUAUGUAAACGAGGUCUAUGGAGCCAGCCCGGGAAGGCACUAUGGGCUGUUAAUGGGCGGUGGAGGGAAGCUAUUGGGAGCACAACUGGUUCAAAUACUUGUGAUUGUUGGAUGGGUUAGUGCCACAAUGGGAACACUCUUCUUCAUCCUCAAACAGCUCAAUUUGCUUAGGAUCUCGGAGAAGGACGAGAUGAGAGGCAUGGAUAUAGCACGUCAUGGUGGAUUUGCCUAUAUAUACCAUGAUAAUGACGAUGAGUCCAUUCAGUUUCCGGGAAUGAACCCUGGAUCUCCUUUACCUCGCCGUCAUGAUCCUCCAGCUCUUUGA